AUGAGCUCCUCCGCCGGCACCCGGCUGCUCCGCGCAUUUGCGCGCGCCCAACGGACAAUCCCUCGAUCCCUUCCGCGAGCUCCCGCAGCACCAUUACGACCUGCCGCAACACCCCCGCAAGUCGCAUGUCUACGAAGCCAAUUCCACACAAUCUCUUCAAGAUCGAAAAAGAACAAGACAAACGAAUACGAAGGAGGAACCGACUUCGAGCAAUUGGACGUUCUUGGCGGCGCCCCGACACCCUCGACAUCGAUUGAUGUUUGCAUGUCGGACGGCUUCUCCCUGAACAGCGGCGUCAAGAUCUUGGACGGAAAUGGCGCCCUUCUUGUCGGCGGUGAGGCAUUCGAAUGGCGCCCAUGGGAGGCAAAAGGAUCGAUGAAUCUGAUCAACGCCAAGGGCCAGUUCGAGCUUCCCGCAGAGGUUUUCGGUGUACUGGAACUACUGUGGCCACGACCUGAUCUUUUGAUUCUCGGUGUCGGCCCCAAGAUUGUACCACUCGCCCCUGCAACGAAAAAGCACCUCAGCUCGAUCGGGAUUCGUGUCGACGUACUGGACACAGGAAACGCAGCAUCACAGUUCAAUCUGCUUGCUACGGAGCGGGGCGUUGACGAUGUUGCGGCUGCCUUGAUUCCCCUUGGAUGGGUCGAGGGCAAGGGCGCUGCGUGA